AUGGGAAGAAUACAGUCUUUCAUCUCCCAGACCUGGCCACCCUGGUCGAAGUUCUCCAUCGACCAAAUCCCUGACCUGUCUGGAAAAGUUGUCAUCAUUACUGGAGGAAAUACAGGUGUGGGAUACGAAACUGCGAAGGCACUUCUUCCUCGCAAUGCUCGAGUCUACAUUGCAUGCUGCAACGCUAAGAAGGCCAGCGAUGCUAUAGACAAGCUGUGUGAAGACACCGGAAAGGACUCUAUUUUUCUGCCCCUGGAUCUGGCGAGCUUCAAGUCUAUCCGUGUUGCUGCAGACGAAUUUCUGAGGAAGGAAAAGGAAUUGCCCAUCCUCUUCAACAAUGUGCAAGUUCAUCUUCUCUGCGGUGUCAUAGAACCAAACAUCGAUGAAUUGACAGAGGAAGGGUAUGAUUUGGCUAUCAGCGUUAAUGUCGUCGUAUCCCAGAAUACUACUGGCACUAAGGCCCGGAUCGUUAAUAUGGCUUCGUUUGCCGCCAAAAUGAAUGUUAAACCGGACUAUGAUCCUUGCAAGGAUGGACCCAUUCGAUGGAGACUUGGAACUGUGUCCAUGUACUAUCAGAGCAAAUUUGCUGGUCUAUUGUACUCGACGGAAUUCUCCCACCGAUAUUUUGAGGCUGGCAUAGUUUGUACUUGCAUUAACCCUGGUAAUCUUGUGACUGAGCUGCAGCGAAAUCUUAAGCUGGGUGUCAAACGCUUUAUAAUUUAUCGGAUUUUAUACCCUGCACCGUAUAGUGCGUUGACUCAACUGUAUGCUGGCACAUCUCCCGAAGGUGCCGACUUCAAUGGCAAGUACCUCGUUCCCUGGGCCCACAUGUGGACAUCUACUCCUGAGUCUCAAGAUAAGCAGGCCGGGAGCCAGUUGUGGGCAUGGCUCGAGGAUCAGGUGAAAGAUACUUGA